AUACAUGAGAUGCGUAUCCAUGAGCCGUUAUGGCAGUAGUGAUCGUUUUACUGUUGUUGAUGGCUUGAUUGUAUUCGUUUUUUGCCGUUCGAAUUGUCCUACUACACUCGCCGUGUUUCUUACUACAUCGACUCACGGUGUGGCAAGUCACUAGCAGACGACAAGAUUUGUCGACCUACUCCUUAGGCUGGUAGUCACUAGUGGCAAAUAUACGCUAUACCAGUUCAUAGAGUACCCUGAGAGUCAGACAUGACAGACGAAGUGAUACAUCACUUACAUUGUAAAGCUCAUGUGUUGACGUAACUGCAGUAGGGCCUACAUGUAUUUAUGAAACUGAUCAAAUUCAACAACGUUGAAAGUCUAUAGCAGAAUGUAACAUGGUGACCUACCUUUACAGUGUGACGUCUUUCCUUAUGUUCGAGAAGCACAUACUUUCACCAUGAACGUACAUGUAACACCACCACAGUCACCGAAACAGUUCUACAGACGAGAACUGCCAGCUGGGUGUAUUGAGUUCAGCUCAGAAGAGGGAAAGCAGGUUUUCAAAGAAGCUCUUAGCUCUGGACACAUGGACUGUUACUUCAAGCUGGCCGCUCAGUUUAGGACCCAAGACGAGCCAGCAUUUUGUGGUCUCUCCACUUUGGUUAUGGUUUUAAACUCACUCUCUGUCGACCCUGGUAGAGUGUGGAAAGGCCCAUGGAGAUGGUACCAUGAGAGCAUGCUGGACUGCUGUAUGUCUCUACAGCUGGUGAAAAAACAAGGGAUCACGUUUGAUAACUUUGUCUGUCUGGCAGAGUGCAACUUCCUGAUCACACAGCCUGUGCGUGCAGAGGAGAAUUUCUCAGAAGGUACAUUUCGUGAAGUUGUAAAGCAGACCACGAGGCAAGACAAAAGUGUCCUGGUGAUUUCAUACUCCCGUAAAGUUCUUAACCAGACAGGGGAUGGCCAUUUUUCUCCCAUUGGAGGAUACCACCCAGGUAGAGAUUUGGCCCUGGUGCUGGAUACAGCCAGAUUUAAAUACCCUCCUCACUGGGUACCUGUUACCACACUGGUCACAGCCAUGAGGAGUAUAGACCCAGACACAGGAAAGCCAAGAGGAUACAUCCAGCUGUCCCGACACUUUGAUUUCACUCCUCUGUUGCUGUUCCGUAUUUCCCCUCAACUCAGUGUGACAUUUAGUCAGGGCCUGUCCUCAGAGCUGACUACCUUCAUGAACUUUUGGUUACAGUGGCUCUCUGAGCCAGCAGACGCUGACAAAGAUCAAGAAAGUAUUGUUCAGCAGGCAGUUCUAGAAGUGUUAAAGUGGGCGUCAUUUUUAUCCGAGACAGCAUCCAUUCUGACGUCACAGUUGGAUGUCAAGUGUCCAGAAUUGGUGUCAGAAGGACACCUGUGCGCAGUCAAAGACAUGAUGGAGAGUCUGGAAAAACUGGACAUCUUUCCAUUAUUGUCCUUGACUCUCUGUGAUUUUGUAGCCACCAAGUCUAAAGAAGUGGUUCAAAAGGUGUGUCGGGCUGCUGGGAUUCCGAAUUGUAUGUCAGGUAAUGUGCAGUGCUGUGAGUUAAUGAAGCUGCUAACACCUGCACACUUCUUCAGCAUUCUCUUGCUGAGCUGGCCCUACAAAGUGGUGUCCAAAAGUGAGAUGUCAAAUGCUGCAAAGCUGCAAGACUUUGCUGACAAGCACAAGGAACAAGUUUCUGGUGUGCUGCAGAAUGAAAUUAGCGCUCUGAUGAAACAGCUGAAAACAAUUCUGAAACUGUAUAAAGAGGACAACUUAUGCACUUGCAGGUAAAAUGUGUAAUGUUCAAAUUCAUAUAUCGGUUAUCAUUCCAUUUGACGUCCAAAACUUUCAAGGCGUAAAAUUUUGAUCAUGACGGAGUUGCACAUUUUGUCUGAUACUGAGGGCUUUAAUGAUUUGGUUUGAGUGUUUGGUUUGAAGGUAGAAUGAAAUUCCAUUGAAAAAAUGAGUAUUUUAUGUAUAUUUGUCUCUAAAGACGCAUUUGUAGGGGCAAAAUUCCAUGUUAUUUUACAUACUGAUUGUGUAAUCUGGGAGUGUUAUGUACAUAUACAGUAUAUGUGAUAUGAUAGAAUUUUAGCAAUACAUAAAUGUGGUAUUUACAUGCAUGUACAUGUGAAGUGAAGGUUGAAUAUCACAAAUGUUUUUUGAGUGAGAGGUGAAAAUGAUAACCCACAAGAUGUGAAGCAUUGAGUGGGUUAUCAUUUACACCUGUCUCAAGAAAGGUGGGCAAAAUCCUGUAUUUAUUUAACAUGGUAGGUUUUUUUUACGUGUGUAUUCCUUUUUUGGGAAUUUUUAUGUCUUGCCUUAUAUAUACUUCAGUGUACAUGUACAAGAAUAUUAGUUUUUCAUUAUUUAUGUAACCCCAUAGGAUUGGAUGCUUUUAGUUUGGUUGUUUAUAUAUAUGACCAUAACAAUAGAUGUAUUUUUUCAUAAACACACAUCUAAAUACUUAAUAAAAGAUCAAUAAGUAGAUUUUCAAGUUCAAAGCUUUAAAUCUAGAAUUAUUUCCAUGCACAGCUGCAUGUAAUGUUAUGGGUAUAAGUGUUGGUUCCAGUCUUUGAAUGUCGCUUUCUUGGAAUAGAAUGGAUGUGUAUUAAUACUAAA